AUGCCUACGAAUACUGCGGCAUGGUUGACAGCCGAAAAGACGACUCCUUUGGAAGUGAAGCCGGCCGAAUACACAUCGCCUAAUGAGAAGGAAAUUGUAGUUAAAAACUACGCAGUUGCCUUGAACCUCGUAGAUGGGGCCAGACAGACAAUGGGCAACGCACUUUUUGGAUGGGUCCAGUAUCCUUGCAUUCUAGGGUCUGACGUAGCAGGCGUGGUCGUUGAAGUCGGGCCAAACGUCACUGAAUUUGAGAUCGGAGACAAGAUAUUGGGCAUGGCUUCCGCCUUGGUUUCCAACCGAGCAGCGGAAGCUGCUUUUCAGACUUACAGUGUAGUGCACACAAGCUUGGCUUCUACCAUCCCAAAAACCAUCUCAUACGAUGAUGCAGCUGUUGUCCCGCUCGCCGUUGCUACUGCUGCUUCCGGCCUCUACCGAGCAGACUACCUUGCGUUGCCUUAUCCAACGGUUCCAGCACGUCCUACCACUGGCGAAACUCUUCUAAUAUGGGGCGGAGCCUCCAGCGUGGGAACCAAUGCCAUCCAGUUAGCAGUGGCAUCGGGCUACCAGGUCAUAUCUACCUCCUCGCCCAAGAACUGGGGUUAUCUGAAGAAGCUUGGGGCCAGUCAAGUCUUCGACUACAAUAGCAGCACAGUCGUCGAGGACAUUAUCAAAGCAUUCCAUGGCAAGAAAAGCGCAGGAGCACUGGCUAUCGGCCAAGAGACGGCAGGUUCAUGCGUCAAGAUUGUAGCCCAAGUAGGCGGAAGGCAAUUCGUUGCUAGUGCCAAUUCCCCGCCCGCACAGCUGCCAGAGGGUGUUAGCUGCAAGUUCAUUCUUGUUGGGGACCUGAAGAGCAAUGGAGUUGGGGAGGCAAUCUUUGCGAAAUUCAUACCAGCCGGACUCAGGGAAGGCGCGUUUGUACCAUCGCCCCCAUCGCGGGUGAUCGGCAAAGGCUUGGGGGAGAUCCAGAAUGGACUUGAGGAGCUUAAAAAGGGGGUUUCUGCUGAAAAGCUCGUAGUUGUGCUUGAUUGA